AUGACGUGGAGCGUCCCAUACUGGACGGUGUCAUCGCCCUCAAGUGCCAGACCCAUCCUCACUACCCAGACCAAUUCUCGAAACGACGCCCAAGCGGAGCACCGCACCGAAUGGGAGGAAGUAUCCCCCGUGCUAGUCGACUGCGACGCAGAUGUUGUCAGCCUUGAUGGCAGCAGGACGCAUGAUGAGAUGCAGGUACUGCACCUGUCGAAGCUCCUCGACGAGGCGAAGCAAGAGAACCGCCGGUUUGAGGAGCAGGUGCAGUCCCUGCUCAACCAGUCUAUGACUGAGACAAGCAGCCUUCAGUCCAAGAUCGCAGAGCUCCGCCAGCGGAAUAAGGAGGCUCUCGCUGAGUGCGAACGGACGAAGAAAGAGAAAGAAGAUGUCGUUGCUGCGCUCACGAAGAAGAUUGAUGUCAUCAAGGCAACGCUGCAGCAGCAAAACCAGGAAAUGCGGCAAGCCCUCGAGGACCUGAAUCGCUCCAGCGCUCAAGCUCAAGCUGAGCUACUGGAUGCAAGGAACAGCUUGCUAACGUGCCGUCAGCAGCUCACGCAAAGCUCCGCCCAACUCGAGUCCUUGCAGAAAGAACAAACUGCAAGGAUGAAUCUGACAGACCGAGUUGCUGUGCUGGAGGCUGAGCUGAAGGCCAAAGAUACAGAGCUCGCUGAGAUGAGAUGA